AUGGCUAGGAAGAGAAAAGCUGGUGCAGGGGUGGAUGAAAAGCAUACUGACAAAGGGAAUGUUGUCUCGCAAGAAAUGGUUAAGGAGGCGGCAGCCAGGGCAGCAGCAGGCACAGUACUCCAAGCGCGCAAGAGAUUUGUUGGGGUUCGACAGCGGCCAUCGGGGCGGUGGGUGGCAGAAAUAAAGGAUACUAUUCAAAAAAUAAGGGUGUGGUUAGGCACCUUUGACACAGCUGAGGAGGCUGCAAGGGCGUAUGAUGAGGCAGCUUGCCUGCUUCGCGGGGAAAAUACUCGAACGAAUUUCUGGCCACGUUCUCCCUCGUCGUCAUCUUCCUCUUCAUCUCUUCCCCCAAAAAUUACCAACCUUCUUCUUAGCAGGCUAAAGGCACGAAACAAAGAGUUGACUGCUUCCUCCUCCUUGCCCGAUGAUCAUGUUUUCGUUUUCGUUUUAGUCAGUCAGGAGUACAUAGAUGAAUUGGCUGAUUUUUCAGAAACCACUGAUUUUCUCAAUGAUCCUGAAGAUUACACCAUUGAUAACAGCAGUAUGAUCACUAACGAUUAUACAAGAUCAUGCCUAACACAAAAUGAUGACUUUCAAACGAGCAAUUUCAAUUUGGAUCAGAACUUGGAUGAUUUAGUACAUCUUUCUAAUGAUCAGUGCUCUAGUGGGGAUGAGAACAUUAGAGGGGAAAUGGAAUAUGAAAUUGAAAAUGAGAAUACUGGUCUAGAUGAUGUUGAUUUCAAAUUUGUUGAUGAAACUGUAUCAUUUAAUUGUACCCCUUUUGAGAUUGCCGAAGAGAUUUCAAGGGAGGGAUAUGGAGAUGAGCCAUUGAUGCUUAGUGAGGUCAUGAAGAGGAAUUAUGAGAGAAAGUUUUCAGCCUCUCUCUAUGCCUUCAAUGGGAUCCCAGAAUGCCUCAAGAUGAAGCUCAAAUCUGGGAGUGUCCUGCAACAGGAAAGUUCUGAUAUCUUGAACAAACUCCAAAAUGCAUGUAAAAUGAACCAACAAGAAAAGAGAAAACUUGAAGAAGGCAACAUUAAAGAGAGUGAAAAGAAUAUGCAGGAUCGGAAUGCGCAAGCUUCAACAGAAAAUGAUGGUGAAUUGUCACUCUGGACCUCCAUAGAUCUCCAACCCAUAUGUAUGCUUUGUUAA